ACACCGCUUUCCAUAUUCUCAAACUGUGCGAGCUGAGCUGUCUAGUGUCGAGAUUAAUUUUGAUUAAAAAGUAAUGGAAUCCGAAGGAAAAUGGAUAAAAAAAGACGUGCCCGUUUAUACUGAUGUCAGUAAUACUAAAUUUUUAGAUGUCAUUUACCAAAAGAGGAAUCCUGCUGUCAUUCGAGGGUUAGACAUCGGCCCAUGUGUUGAGAAAUGGACAGCUGAAUACCUUGCUUCACAAGGGGGUGAUACAGAGGUCAAGAUUCAUGUUAGUCCUUCAUCCAAGAUGGACUUUAUAAACAAGAAUUAUGCCUAUAGGAGUCUCCCCUUCUCUGAGCUUAUCCAUCGAUGCGCAAAAGAAGUUCAAGAGGAUUUCUUUUUUGAAAAGAAUGAGCUUUAUUAUCUGCGAUCACUUGGUGAGGACCCUCGGAAGGGAAUAGCAGAUGUGAAGGCUCAGUUUCCAUCGUUAGCAGGUGACCUCGAAAUACCAGAAUUCUUUAACCAAGAGCAGUUUUUCUCGAGUGUCUUUCGUGUAGGGUCAGCAAAUUUGCAGUUGUGGACACACUAUGAUGUCAUGGACAAUAUAUUGAUACAAGUCCGAGGUCAUAAGCGUGUGAUUCUAUUCAGUCCAGAGGAUGCCAAUCAUCUCUACCUUACAGGUGAUAAAUCUGCUGUAAUGGACCUUGAUAACCCAGACUUUGAUAAUUAUCCAUCCCUCAAAUUGGCCACACCAUAUCAUUGUCUCCUAGAACCAGGGGAUGUGCUUUUUAUACCAGCUCUGUGGUUCCACAAUGUGGUUUCCUUAGACUUCAGUGUAGCUGUCAACGUCUUCUGGCGACAUCUUGAUAUCAGUUGCUAUGACAACAAAGACACUUACGGCAACAAAGACCCCGUUGCGGCCAGCAAGGCUUUGCAGAUAGUUCAAAGAGCUAUAAAAUCUCUGGAAGGUCUUCCUGAUGAAUACAGGGACUUUUACGGACGCAGGCUUGUGCGAGAGAUAGAGAAGAAGACAUACGCAGUAGAAGAUAAGAGAUGAUGAUAUCAGUGCUCCUCCAUCUAGUUAAGAAUGUUAUUCCCUUGGGUCUGUCAACUUGCUUACUAAUCUGAUGAAGAAUCAUUAAGCUCCUCCCCCUCCCCCUAUAUCCUCUCAAAAAAAGAAAAUGAUAUUAAUGAAUUCUGGGAACAAAAUAAAUAAAUGAAUAAUCAGGCAUCAAAAUCCUAAGUACUGGUAGUAAUAUUCUAAACUAGUUAUGGAGGAGCUAUCCGUGCAGAUCUUUACAUUGUGCAAUGAUUACCAAACAGUAUGUUCUAAGGAUAGAGGGCAGAUUUUGGUGACUUCAGGAGAAUAUGAUGACGACGAUGCAGAUCCAAGAUGAUGGAAGUCAUGUAUAUAUACACACAUGGUUUUAAGAUCAGCGGCCCAGAGAAUAGUUACUAUUGACCGUACAGUGUUCCUAGAUAGUUAAUAGCACAAAGGUCGUAUAUGACAUCGGCGUGGCAACCAGGGAAAUCUAUGGGGAAGCUGAACUUUUGCCACAUUUUACCAACUGAAGUCAUAGUCAAGCAAUUGAAUUGAACAAUUUGUGAUAAUUUAUCUUCAUCAUUUGUAUUGGAGAAGAUAUACCUAAUCAAAGCUAGUAUCGAGCUGGCUCAUAUUCUAGCUCAUAAACAUGUGCACUGUUAUCAGGGAAGUGGAGUUAGAUAGAAUAUAUACUUGGGCCUUUGGUAAAACAAGCAGUCCUUUAUUCUAUGCAAUUAUUAGCAUACCUGAAUUACUUCAAGAUGACAGUUUAUUAUCAAUUGUACUGGGGUCAUAUAUUAGCAUGAAAAAAUAAAGAAGGAAAGCAUCAACAGAU